GGUGACAGGCGGCGGGAGGCGGCACACGGAGCGGACCAACCUGCAGUCCGGACUCGCGGUCCAGACCCGGACUGAGAGACCUGCCUGGACCCGUCCGGACUCACCGAGACCCGGCUGGACUUUUUCAUUCCGCAGCAGGAAACAGCGGCAGCAGGAGGACCGGGACAGCCGGAGAUGAUGGCCCAGAGUCCCCGAUGGAAGAGGCGCAAGCAGCUCAACCCCCGCAGAAAGAGCGUUCUGAACUAUGACAGUGUUCUGGAGACAACCUCAGAGACAGAUGAGGACGACCAGACGCUGCUCCAUGAUGACAGCAGCUUCACCGGAGGAGCAGGAGAUGAUGAAGAGGCGGGUAGUCCAGUUGCUGUCCCCGCCCUGGAGGCGUCGCCCAGGGUCGGCCACGCCCUGCUGUCCAACCGGGAGCCGGACGACUCGGAGCACCGGGGGGAGGACGAAUGUAUCGAUGAUCGCAGCAGCGAGUACGAUGCUCUGGGACCUGAGGCCUCUCUGCAGGCGGUGGAAGACGGUGCAGGGAGGCAACUGGAUGGCAUCUCCGGGCUGGAUGAGUUCUUCCUGAAACGUAAGCUGGAGGAUGAUGACGGCCACCAGGCAACCAUCGCUGAGUACCUGCAGCGUAGUGACACCGCCAUCAUUUACCCAGAAGCCCCGGAGGAGGUGACGCGCCUGAGCACGCCCGAGGCCGGCGGUCAGGAUGAGAGCGAACAUGAUCUGCCUUCCAGUGCCACAGACGACUUCGCACAGCUGCUCACCUGUCCGUACUGCGAGCGCGGCUACAAGCGGCUGACAUCUUUGAAGGAGCACAUCAAGUAUCGACAUGAGAACACAGAGGAGACCUUCACCUGCCUGCUGUGUGCAGAAACAUUCAACCAGAGAGCCCAGCUGGAGCGGCACAUGACCACACACAAACCCACUGUGGACCAGCCACCGCUGCUCAGUGAGGGAGCUGCAAACCGCAAGUUCAAGUGCAGCGAGUGUGGAAAAGCCUUCAAGUACAAGCAUCACCUGAAGGAGCAUCUCCGUAUUCACAGCGGUGAGAAGCCAUAUGAAUGCUCCAACUGCAAGAAGCGCUUCUCCCACUCGGGAUCCUACAGUUCCCACAUCAGCAGCAAGAAAUGCAUCGGUCUGGUUGCCCUUAAUGGACGAGUACGCAAUGGGAACAAUAGCAAACCUAGCUCUUCUCCAAACUCCACAACAUCCUCACCUGGAAGCCCCGCCUUGGCUCACCUGCGGCAAAAACUAGAGAAUGGGCGUCUUCUUGGCCUGCAAGACCAGCAAGGUCAGGUGGACAUCAAAACCGAGCCAAUGGACUUUAAUGACUACCGGCUGCUAAUGGCUUCACAGCAUGGGUUUGGGGGACCAGGCGUCUACUUAAAUGGUCGUAGUGGAAGCCCACUGGGUAUCCAGGGCUCCUCACAAAACUCCUUUCAACACCUGGGUAGCAUGGGGAUUGAUCUCUCUCUGCUAGGAUAUGCUGGACCUCUCGGGAGCAGCCUAUGUGAGGUACAGAAGGUUCUCCAGAUUGUGGACAACACUGUUUGCAGGCAGAAGAUGGAUGGAAACCCAGAGGAGCUGUCCAAGCUUAGAGCCUAUAUGAAGGAGUUGGGUGCCCAGAUGGAGGCACAUGCCAGCUUUCAGGUGAUUGGCAGCAACAGUCCUACCAAGAGCAUCAUUGACUACACACUGGAGAAGGUCAAUGAGGCCAAGAACCUUAUCAAUGACUCCAAGAUGCAAGUGGAUGUUAAGAAAGAGAAACCAAACCAAUCAGUUGAUCUCAGCGGUGAAGAAAAGUUCUCUGAUGGACAGAACCAAUUCCUAACAUUUUCUUGCCAAUACUGCAAGGAGAUCUUCCCUGGACCCAUCCCACUUCACCAACAUGAGCGCUACCUGUGUAAAAUGAACGAGGACAUCAAAGCAGUCCUGCAGCAUCCAGAAGGCAGUCCUGUUGGCUGCAGGGGGUUGAGGGCUGAUGAACUGUCCCGUACUGAGAGGCCCCACAGUCCCACCAACCUUUUCAAGGACCACAUGUCAGUGUUAAAGGCUUACUUUGCCAUGAAUGCUGACCCCAACUCUGAAGAACUGCUCAAGAUUUCCCUUGCGGUUGGCCUUCCACAAGAACUGGUAAAAGAUUGGUUUUCACAAUGGAAAAUUCAAAACAACCACAUGGACAGUUUGAGGAAAAAGUUCCCGACUCCCGAGCGUGGGAGACCAGACCGCAGCUUAAGUCGGUCUCCAGGGUCCCUUCCUGUUAUAGAUUUACACAAUGGCUUUAUUAACACUGAUCCCACCCACAGACUCACAAAGAUCAAUCAGUUUACAGCCAACAGGCAGACAAAGGGGGACAAACCAAUUGAUCCUGCUGAUUCCUUGAGGAGCAACACUUCGUCACCUCUAAACCUAUCUUCCACUUCAUCAAAACACUCCCAGAGUAGCUCUUACACUCCAAACAGCCUCACGUCUGAGGAUGCCCAUGGCGAUACUCCUCUAGACUUGUCACUGCCCAAACACAUGGCACAGAAGCGACCAAAGCCAAAUGGCUUUAUUACCGAGCACAAUGGUGAGGUGUCGGUACGUGAACAGGGUUCUGGAUCUCUAGCGCUGGUCAAGAUCAAGAAGGAGGUCUUGGGGUCGGACAGUGGUGGGAGCUCUAUCCAUCAGCUGGAGAAAAGCACCAGCCCGAUUUUUGGGAUUAAUCCCUUUGCUGGUGGUCCUGUGUACACCUCCUUGCCACCCCACGGAGCUUUUCCCCCACCCACCUUCAUAAGUCCUGCUCAGGCCACCAUCCCAGGCCUCAGGCCCUACGCCGGUCUUGACCCCAUGAGCUUCCUGCCUCACAUGGCCUACACCUAUGCCACAGGGGCUGCAACGUUUGCAGAAAUGCAACAUAGAAGAAAGUACCAACGGAAAGCAGGUUUCCAGGGGGAGCUGCUGGACGGGACGGCGGACUAUCUGUCAGGCCUGGACGACCUGACAGACAGCGAUUCGCUGCUCUCCAGGAAGAAGAUUAAGAAGACUGAAAGUGGUAUGUACGCGUGUGACUUGUGCGACAAAACAUUCCAGAAGACCAGUUCCCUCCUAAGACACAAAUAUGAGCACACAGGUAAACGUCCACAUCAGUGUCAGAUCUGUAAGAAGGCCUUCAAACACAAACACCACCUCAUAGAGCACUCACGCCUGCACUCAGGGGAGAAACCCUACCAGUGUGACAAGUGUGGGAAGCGUUUCUCCCAUUCCGGUUCGUACUCACAGCACAUGAACCAUCGCUACUCCUACUGCAAGAGGGAGGCUGAGGAGCGCGAGGCGGCCGAGAGGGAGGCUAAGGUGGGAGGGCUGGCUGGAGGUCUGGAGCCCACCGAGUUGCUGAUGAGAAGGGCCUAUUUGCAAGGGUUGGGGCCUCUCGGAUACUCAGAUCCCGAGGAACAGCCAGAGGACGGCGGUGGUACCAUCUUAAGGGACGGAAGAGAGGGAGGAGGACGGGAAGUGGGAGGAGUGGACAAUAAGAUGUACGAGGAGGUGACAGAUGGACAGGAGGCAAGUUUCAGGAACAGAGAGGAGGAGGGUGACAGCAGGAGCCAGAUGGACUCAAUGAUGGAUGAAGGGGGCAAAGACUCGGCACAGCUGAUGGACACUUGUUCACGAGAAGGGAAGACAGACGGAACGUUGGAGCAGGAGGACUGAUGGAGGAAAGAGAACUGGGAAGAUGAAGAUUUGUUUGUGAGAUCUAGAUUCUGCUUCAUGAUGAAGGGUAAUAGAGUGUCUGAUUGGUUGGGAGGAUGUUUUAAGCUUUGUGCUAUUCAUCAAACUACCAUAUAAGGUCAAAACUGAUGUCAUGAGGGUGUGGUUUACCUGGGACACCUGUUACCUUUAUGACAACGUAUGGAUUUUUAAGGCUACGACUGAGUUAAUUCUGUUGUUUUUAACUACAACAACAAAAAAAACAUUCUUAGCUCUGGUUUAUCACAUUCAGUCAGAUUUUUUUCUAAAAUCUAACUUUUAUCUUUAUUUUAUUUUUGCAAUUAGAAUUGUCCCCGACCUGUUUUAAGUUUUGAAACCUUAAAAGAAAAACCGUUGUAACCCCUGGUGUUUGAAUUCUGGAAUCCUACUUUAUAUCGUUGGAUAAUUAGGUAUUUUUAUCCAAUUUAGAAUUAAAUAGAUAGUCAUGUAAAAUGCUCACAUGUUGUAUACAAUAGAAUUUAAUUCUGAAAUAUUUUCUGAAAGAUUUGUAUUCCUCAAAAUUUCCAUUUCUUUUGGGUCCAUUUGACCUAAUUAACUCAUAAAAUACGAUGGAUUAGGACCCUUCAUCAAAAUAAUAAAAUAAAUGAAUAUUUUAUAAUGCAUUUAUAUUUAUUCCAAAUAUAAAUGUAAAUACACUAAGAUUUCAUGAGCUAUCAAAGUGAGCAUGAAUGUCUCCUUGGUGGGACUACAAAGUAGCCCAUAGUUGGCUUGAAGUGUCAAACAGAUCCUUUUGGUACCCAAACAUAAAUUUUAGCUCUAGGUAAUGAUAAGUUUGGUAAUUGGGUAAACAUGAAGGGGGAAUGAAAACAACUAAGCUUGCCACUUCUUAGCUUGUUAGCUAGCUAACUGCUAUCUUGUUAGCUUACAACUGUAGCUGAUUACCUGUUCAGCUAGCUACUUUUUGGCUUGUUCCAUCAAUCACCAAAAAUCUCCUUUUUUUUUUUUUUUUUUUGCCAAAUUAAGCUACUUUCCUCAGAGUUGAACCAGAACUUUACAUUUCUGGUUUGGUUGGAGGAAAAAGCUGUAAAAUCUGACAGACUGAACCUGGUAAAUUACAGAUGUUUAACGCCUUGAGCUGAAGAGUGAGGUGUUCAGAUGAAAGAAGUGUCCAUUUUAGCCUGAAUACGAGAGAACCAAGUUUUUGAUCAGUAAAUUUUAACCCUUUAUAAAGUAAACCAACCCUAACCUUCAGGUGUGCAGGAGGACCAAUGACCUGAAUCAUGAAGCAGGACCAACUGGUUUAAAAUCCAUGUUAUGCAAAAUAAGAAGAAAAUAAAAAUAAAUAAUAAUAAUUAUUCUAAUAAACUAAGUGAAGCGCUUGUUAAUGUACAGUAUUAUAAAGGCCUGAAAGCUGUGUGGUGCUCUGAUGUUCCUAACCUCUGUGUCUUGUUGUGUUCGAUAAAACCACUUCAGGAAAUUGCACUUGGCUCCCUGAAUCACUACAAAAUAAUGAAAAAAUAUUGAAAAAUUAAAUUGGGAAGCCUGGAACACUCGGUCACGUUCUGUCAGUGUUAAUGUUGUUAUUCUGUCUCCUUUUAAUGUGACUUUUUUUUAUAUAUAUUUUUUAUCCGACUUUAUUAUUUUUGCCAUCUAACCACAUAACUCCAGGCCUCCUGAGUUGUUUUUUUUCUAUGAAGGAAUAAUUAAACCUGUGUGAUUUUUCAGUCUUAAAUCGGAGAGGCAGGGGUAGGAAAAUAAAGGGCUCGGCUGGAAAAAGAGGACGGAGCCUUUUUCUCCAGAGAAAGCCUUAUAUGCAAACCUUUCACCUGUCUGUUUCUAAGAAGUGCCAUCCCUGUGCAGUGACACACCUGUCCUCUCAUCCUGUCAGUAUUACCGUAGAUAGAUGCCAUUCUGUAGUUUACAACUGUUGGUGCAAUUUCUAUUUUUUUUUUCAUUACAGUACUUUUGACAGUAUUACUUUUUGAUUUACCAACAAAAAAUUCAAUUUUUAUUUGAGAAUUUUCCAUUUUAUUUAUGUGUGUCCUUUUAUAUUGCUGUCUUUAUUUAUUUCCUACUGUAGUGUACAGUAUUGGGGUUCCUCACAGAAAUAUAUUUUAGUAAAAUGGUUCUGUCAUCAAAUAUUGGGACUUAAAUGUUGAUCAGGUCGUAUCUUUGUUUUCUUCAUGUUUUAUUAUUUGAAACUACUGAAAAAAAAAAUCUAAAUUUGGGGAACUUUUGAUACAACAAUUAUUGUGCAAGCACUGUAUUAAUAAAAAUCCACUUUAUUCAUACCUCUGAAGAGAGGAUGAAGAACUGAUUAUGAAGGAAGUUCUGAAAUGUCUGAAGUAUUAUGGUUUUAAUUUUUAAUUUUUCAUGUUGGAAUAAAUGUAGCCAAAAUAAAUUUUAAUAAAGCUGUGUUAUUCUUCUUGUA